GGCAUUGGCAGGUGUUAUGUGUUUUAAUUUCAUAUUUGAAUAAAAUUUCAGUUUGAUUCAUGACAGUCGCCGUGACGAAGAGUGGUCCCUUUCGUUGCUAUUCCAAUUCAGAGUGAUUCAAUUCAAAAAGUGACCUUCACUGUCACUGGAAGUUUUGUGUUGAGACUUGAGAGGGCAUCGUAGUUCAGGAUUUUUUGAUAUGCCAUGUGAGGAAACCUAAUUACAGGCUGAAGAUACUCAACCACAUGGGAUUUCAUCAUGUUCAACCUAGCUAAAAAGGGACAUGCAGGCGUUGAUGUCAAGAAGUCAAUCCAAAAGAUUCUUGACACCAAAAAGGACUCAGCCACACGUUUGAAACACCUGCGCAUAAUAUUAGAGAACGUCGACCUGGUGGAGGCGCGGUACAUCUUCGAGACCCACUACAGCCACAUCUAUUAUCUCUUCUACGAUGUCUUCGCUGCCACCGAGGCCGGCGUCAAAAUCAAACCGCACCGCGUGCAUCGUGAGGACGUGGAGUCGGUGCUGUACAUCCUGGAGCACAUCCUGCUGCUGCUGCCCGAGCUGCUGCAGCAGCGCUGGCAGCUCCACAGUCUCACGCGCGUCAUGCGCACCCUCCUCCAUCCGGGAAACAUCCUGCGGCUGCGCAGGGAGGCCAUGAGGAUGUUCGUCAUCUGGUUCCAGGAGGUGGGUGAACAGGCCUCUGAGGAGCUGCUGGCCAUCUUCGCCACCCUGGUGCCUGGAUUCCCGGCGCCGGCCUCCCAGCAGACGGCGCCCCGCCCGCCCCGGGCCCACCCGGAUCAUAAGCUCGUGGGUCCGGUCGACGUGGUGCCCAUUCUACCGCCUCAGGGCUCGGAGAAAACGCCCGACGACCUGACCCGCUUCUUCCUCGAGUGCCUCAUGGAUAACAUGGUGACCCAGCUGACGCGGAUCGAGUGGAAGGACAAGGCCAACCACGUGCGCUGUUUUAACUUCCUGUUCGACAACUUCAAGCAGUUCUACCUGCCGCACAUCUUUCCUGACUUCAACUGGCAUACCAACCUGUACAAACCGGCGCUCAGUCUGCCGGAGAUGCGCCGCCAGCUGUCUCCCAUGGCCAGCUCGGUGGACGGCGCGCCGCGGCCGGCCGACCGUCUGGUGGCCUGUCGAGUGGUUGUGAUCCGCUGGGUGGCCAACUUUGUACACGCACCGCUCAGUCGGAGAGGGGAGCAGGCGCCCAGCGGGCCCGGGCCCGGACAUCAUGGACAGCAGUCCGGCGGCGGCGGCAGCGGCGGCUCCGGCGACGACGGCAGUCAGGGUACGCCAGAGACGCGCCGCUCAGUCCCCCCGGCCGGCGGCGGCGGACCGGCAGACGGCGAGGCGCCCACCUCCCUGCACAGUCUGGCCUCGGACUCGAGCGGCUCGGCGUUUUACCCGGUUGACACCCGGGACCGGGACGCCGACCGUCCGGACGAAUCGGCGCUGGUGCGUGAUGUGCUGUUCGGCAGCCGGCAGAACGUCAACUUUGUGCACGAGGUGUUCCGGCAGGCAUUUCUGCUCAGCUGCCACUACUCGGCCGCCAUCAAACGCGUGGUGCUCGUCUACAAGGACUGGAUCCAGAUGAACGUUCAGCUGCCGGCGUUCCUGCUGGAGCCGUCUGACACGGGCGGCGGGUAUGAUGGCAGGUCUCCGGCGCCGGGAGAGGACGUGGGUGACCUGAGCCGGUCCCGCCACCGCGCGGACGGCUCUGGGGGACCGUCUGCCAGCGUCCGGGCCGGCCUGCAGAACACUCUGCAGUUGUUCAUCACCAACUCUGCCAACAUUUUCCUGCUGGAGGCGAGCCCCGAGUACCGCGGCCACUAUCUGGAGGACCAGGUGGAGCUCUGUAAGCGCAUCCUCAACAUGUACCGCUACCUGGUGAUGAACGUCUACAUGUCGCAGCGCACCUGGGAGCAGUUGCUGUUGGUGCUGCUCCAGGUCACCACUCAGACCCUAUCGGGCGAACCGACUCAGAGGGCCCGGGAGCAGACCCUCGGCGCCGUCCUGGCUCGGCCGCUCUUCCAGACGCUGAUAGUGACCUGGGUCAAGGCCAACUUGAACGUCUCUGUGAGUGUGGAGCUGUGGGACCAGUUUCUGGCGGCGCUCUCAUCGCUCACCGCCUGGGAGGAGCUCAUCAAGGAGUGGGCGAAAACGCUGGAGACGCUGACUCGCGUGGUGGCGCGUCAGGUGUACGAUUUGGACCUCAACAACCUGCCGCUGGACCGGCUCACGGAACAGAAAAGCAAACGGCGCCGCGGCCGGGGAGAGACACAGGACCCGGCGGCGGCGUGGUCUCGUCCGUCGGUGCCCGUCGAGACUCGGGACCACGGUGACGGGCCCGGCCUGGGCGUGGGGCACAACCGGAACCGGCGCGCGUCCCUGCAGCCGCCGGAGGAUGGGAGGCUCCACCACGGCUCUGGCGGCAGCCACCCGGGUGUCUCCCCACACGCCCGUAAGCGGUGUACCAGCGGCCUGGGUCCGGCGGGCGGGCCGCCGCACGGGCCCGGCCACGCGCCGCCCAGACUGGUGCGCAGUCUGUCCGAGGGCAGUCUGGCGCCCAGUCUGCUGGCUGUGGACCUGGCGCCGCCGCCGCCCCCGCCCGGCGCGGCGGCGGCCGCAGCGGCGUGCCGACCCCUGCCGCUGCACGAGGCAGCGAGUAGGAAGGUGUCGCGGAGUAUGAACUCACUCAGAGGUAGAGUGUCGCUGUACUCUCAGACCUCUGAGGCCGAGUACCGGUCCCGGUCCCCAUCGCCGUCCAGCGGCCUGGAGACCAACUCGAUCAAAGAGUCGCCCAUGGGGCUGGACCUGUUCGGCGCUGACGGAAACAGCAUCGACACUAUCGACAGCGGCGGCUCGGAGCACCGUUCCGUGAUGUCGGGCGGUACUUUGCGCGGCUGGAUGCCCGACGUCGCCGUCGUACUCUGGCGUCGUAUGCUGGGAGCGCUGGGAAACGUCAACCACAUCCAGAGUCCCAUAGUGCACGCCCAGGUGUUCGAUUACCUGAUCGAGCUCAGCGAGACGCUCGUCAAGAUCGAGGAGAACCUGGGCGUGUCUGCCGACAACCAGUCGACUUGGUGGCCGUCGGAGCUGGUGCCGCCGCUGCCGCUGCUCGUGCCCUGGUGUCUGGAGGCGCUCCGGUUGCCCGACUCACACCAGGCGGGCCGGCUGCGCGCGCUGCGGCUGCUCUGUCUGCUACUGGUGCGCCGACAGCCGGCGCCCGUGUCUGCGGCCGUGUCUGCGCAGCUGCUGCGCGCGCUGCACCGCGGACUGAGCUCUGGCAGACAGGACGUGAUACACACCCUGGUCCGCCAGUGUGGCCCCGGACUAUUGGCCACAGAGCUGCCGGCCGCCUCGCUGCUCGUGCUGGACCUGAUCCAGGCGUGUGGCGGCAUCGCGGCCAGCCAGGAGCUGCAGGGGGUACCACGCACCGAGUCGGUGUCGAUCCUGGGCAGCCUGGUGUGCUUCCCCAACCGGUGGCCGCAGCUGGAGGCCCUCCAGCCGCGGCCGCUCGAGAUGACCGUCGUGCCGUGCCCCGAACUGAAGGACUGCGUGGUGUCUGUGCUACUGAAGGCGGGUCGCCGCGAGCCCUCAGUGACCGCCCGCUGCACGGCCCUCGUCUCGCUGGCCAUCUACCUGUACGAGGAGCUCACGCACGCCACCAUGCACGACAAGAUCAAGGACGCCAUACACAUCCUGCUCAGCGCGCUCAAGUGUAACAGCCGGAUCGUGGGUCAGGUGGCGGCCGACAUGCUGGUACUGCUCACGGACCACGCCGCCAUCCUGCUCCAGUACCUGCCGGAUGUGCCCAAACGUAUUAUCGAGGUGACAGCGGCCACCCUGGAGGCGCUAGUGGUGGCCCGCUCGGACCCUCCUCCCGACGAGCGCUGGCUGCUCGUCUCUCUGGUGUUCUGCCUGGGCGAGUGGUGUAUGAGACUGCCGAUCGACGUGCUGACGGAGACUGAUCAGCAGGGCAAGUCGCUCCUGCUGCGCGUCUUCAAGGUACUUCACGUGGUGGUGGGCGACUCGCCGCCGGCCGGUUCCCUGUCGGCCGACUCUGUGGACUCUCGGUCCAGCGGGACGGUGACGGGGGACGCGGCUCCGCUGGGCACCGUCAAACUGGCGGCCAGGGCGGUGAUUUCCCACCUGGUGAACCACCUGGACCACUUCCCGAUGCUGUCGGGCGCCGUGCGGCUCGGCUCGCUGGUCUCUGAACACGACGACCUGCCCAUGCUGACCGCCUCGGACGAGCUCAGCUCCGACAUCUUCUACGCGCCCAACGUGCAGUUUUUCGUGUUGAACAACCGCUCGCUGCUGUCGCUGGUGGAGCUGCCUUCUCUGGACGUACCGGGCGGCGGGGUGACCGCUGGUCUGUGUACCGCACACUCGCAGGUGCGAGUGAUUCUGCGUGACCUGGCCGGCAAGUUCUGCUGGGACGCCUCGGUUCUGUACGGCACGGACGGUCAACUCGAGUCGCUAUGUGCAGAGUGGGCGCCUCGGCCGGUGGCGCGCCGCUCCGCCCCGCCCAUGGUACACGGCAAGUCGGAGGAGUCGCUGCUGGGGGCCGCCAUGGUGGCCCCGCCCCGGUUCACUGUUCGACACCGCGGCAGGGGCACGCUGCCCAGCUGGCAGGAUACCGAGGGGGAUAUGGAUAACCUGGAUGACCUGUUACUGUAUCUGGCCGACACAUCCCCGGAGUGUGUGGCCACCACAGACGCCGUCUCGCUGCUACCGUCCGUGCUCGGCCAGGAGCGACACGUGGAGGCCAUCAACGCGCUGCUCAACCAGCGGAGCGCGGAGCUGGAGGCUGCCCGCACAGCCGAUACCAGCGCCCCGGCUCCGGCCUGCCGUCCCCCUGCCCCCCAGCCGGCCGGCUCGCCGUUCCAGCACGGUCGGCUGCUGUUCAGCCAGCUCGGCCUGACGGGCUGGUCGCGCCGGCCGCACAUCCACCUGCUGAGGAAGUCGGAGCGACUGCUGAGGGAGCUCAGGAAUGUCGACAAUCAGAAAUGUCGGGAGACUCACAAGAUCGCCGUGAUCUACGUGGCGCUGGGUCAGGAGGACAAACGGUCCAUCCUGGCCAACUCGGCGGGUAGUCAGAUGUUCGAGGAAUUCAUCGCCGGACUGGCCUGGGAGGUGGAGCUGGAGACGCACACUGGUUUCAUGGGCGGCCUGCAGCGUAACGGCGCGACGGGCGACACGGCGCCCUACUACGCCACCUCGUUCACCGAGUGUCUGUUCCACGUGUCCACCAGAAUGCCGUCACACUCGGAGGAGGCCAUCCUGCAAAAGACGCGUCACCUGGGUAACGACGAGGUGCACGUGGUGUGGUCGGAACACAAGCGGGACUACCGGCGUGGCAUCAUCCCCACCGAGUUCUGUGACGUGCUCAUCGUCAUCUACCCUCUGGAGAGCGGUCUGUUCCGCAUCCAGCUCGACAGGAAACCCGAGGUGCCGUUCUUCGGCCCGCUGUUUAACGGCGCCAUCGUGGGACGGAAGAUCCUACCGGGCCUGGUGCGGGCCACCGCUCUCAACGCCUCGCGGGCCAAGCGCAGCAUGCUGCCCUACUACCUCAACUUUUUCGAGGAGCGCUCGCAGGCGCUGGAGACGCUCAUCUCCAACCACCGCGAGUCGUCCACCUUUGAGGAGCUGGUGGGCAGCGUAUACAGCCCGGCGCCGCCGGUACCCGGCGGACUGGCACCGCGACCCGCUCAGGAGCCGGUGUCCCGGGUGGGCUCGGAGCCGCCACUGACCUCCGCUCUGGUGGACGCCACUCCUCAGCGGUCCCCGUGGCACCCAGAGACACGAAACCACAGAGCCGACCCGGACUCUGGUAUGGCGGAGAUCGAACUGGGCAAGGCCGACCCGUCGCCCAAGACGCUGAAGCGGCUCUCGUUCAAGACGACGGUGCGCAAGGCGUCGUCGUCGAUCCAGGAGACGAUCCAGGGUCUGCCGACUGCGGCCCGCAGUCACCUGCCCGUAUCCAGGACUUUCCAGACGCCCACCACGCCGCCGGACAGUCCGGCGCAGCGGUUCGGCCGCAAGUAGCCGACGCCCGCCGCCCGCCGGUCUCCCACCCGCCGCCCGCCGGGGCUGGUGAGCUGGUUCUACAGUUACCACUCCGCGCCGGGAAGCGGUGGUACGGCAGGCAGACAGUGUCCGGUCAGCCGCCCUGUGCCGCGGGCGGAGCUAACGGUACGGACGAGCCGCUGGGCUGGCUGCAAAGGACUGCGCUGACGGAAGGGGUGAGUUUCCGGCGUGUAUUUCGUCGGGAAGUACGGGUUCGUCGCGUCGCGUGUGUCUCGUGCACCGCUCUGAUCGACAAGCUCGCCCCCGCGUGCGCGAACACUUUUUACGUAGGGAGAUGUUAUGCCAAAGGUCUAGCGUAAGUCGCCUUUAAAUUAUUGCUGAUUAGUUUGUUUCCUGUGAUAGUUGCUUGUUGGGGAGAUUGGUGAUGGUGGGGCCCGCCACUCGGCGUGGGCCGCGGGGGGAGACUCGGGGGCUGCUCCGGUCUUACCGAUCGUGGACAGCCUGCCGCGGUCGUAUCUGUGCCUGAGAACGACUCUGUUCCACGCGGUGUGUGGCGAGAACGGCCCCCGGAGGGGUUGGACGAUGAAUGCCGAGAUGUGCCCGCCAGCGAUGGCUGCGUCUGGCGGCUGGCGCGUCCUGACGCCUCCGCCUCGGCGCCUGCGGACAUGUUACGUUUUCAGUUUGUUACUCGGUUACCUUUGUUGACAGUGGAGAUUCGCGUUACUGAGAUUUCCCGUCUAUUUACGCCUUUUAGUGUGGCGUCGAGACUGUUUUGUUAAAACAUGUCGUACUUGACGUGUAGUCGCUAUUCGUAAGCAGGUUAUGUUAUCGCGUUAUUUAUAGUUAUUUACUGCAAUAGUGGGCGUUUAGGUGAGGCUUUAGCGUCGCGUACAGGGCGCCACGCGCGCCCGAGAGGCCGUCCAUGACUAGUCGCGGCGCGCGGUUCUCUCCGCUGAUCGGUUCAGUUCGGUUCGGUUCGGUGCUUUUAGUGACGCUGGACUCUGCAGGGCGCCGGUCGCUCUCCCUUCUAUGGUUCCCGCGCGUCGCUUCUAGCCAGGCGUCGUCCCAUCGGUCAUUCUGUGACUGUUGAAGAUGACGCCGGCUCACCGCGGUCCUCCCUAGAUAUACCUGUACCCUGGCCAUUCCCCCGACCCGAAGCGAUCCCAGACGGGAGCGACCGCUGCGCGAGCGAGCGAGGCGCGAUGCACGAGUUCGGCGCGGCACCGCGCGUGAAUCAUACUGAUUGACAGAGAGCUGGGAGGCGCACCGGCGCGCGGCGCCCGCUUCGCUGAGUUGUCCGCGCGACUAUUUUUGUACGCCGUCACCAAAGAGCCGCGCCGCACAAUGUACAUGCUUUGUAUUGGACUAGUUUUCUACCUGUUAUUUUUCUCGGUCGGGCGAAUAUUUAUUGCUCCGUGUCAUCGAUGUCUAUGCAUUGUCCUCUGCGUACAAAGCCUUCUAAUAUUAAUAAACCGUUAAGGCACCUGA